AUUUUAUAUCAAUAAAAAAAAAAUAAACGCUUCCUUUGAGAUCCAAAAUCGCAGUCCCCGCCAACCAACGCUACUUCUUAAUAUCAUUCUUCUGAACGACAAAUUCAAGCGCCGAUCUUCCACCGUCCGAUCAAACGCCAUUUCCCAGAUGGCUUCCCAGUACAGAGAUCGGACGGCCGAGUUUCAAUCUCUGUCGCAGACACUCAAGAAGAUCGGCGGCAUCACGGCCGUUAAUCAAUCUGAAAAUGUACUCUCCUCAUCAAAAUCACCGGUCCCACAUUCUUCUAGAUCGGAAUUCAACAAAAAGGCUUCACUAAUCGGGCUAGGCAUCCAGGAAACCUCCCAAAAAAUCGCACGACUCGCCAAACUGGCGAAAAGGUCAUCCAUGUUCGAUGAUCCAAUUGUGGAGAUACAGGAGUUAACUGUUUUGAUAAAGAAUGAUAUUACGGCUCUGAAUAUGGCUAUUUCGGAUUUGCAAACCAUUCAAAACAUAGAGAUUGCAGAUGGAAAGUUUUCUGAGGACAGGGUUGUGCAUUCGACGACUGUUUGUGAUGACUUGAAAAGCAAGCUUAUGGCUGCCACUAAAGAGCUCCAACAAGUUUUAACAGCAAGAACUCAGAAUAUUAAGGCUCAUGAAAAUAGGAAGCAAAUAUUUUCCACUAAUGCUUCGAGAGAAAGCUCGUUCAGACAAACAAAAACUGUGGCUGAGCCGCCUCCAUGGUUGAGUUCAGGAAAUUCAUUUGAGAAUUCACAACUGUCAGCAUUACCAUCAACUGGAGCUCAAGUUGGCAACCAACUGAGGCGAAGACCGGCUGUGGAACCGUCACACCACAUGGAAAUGUCAAUGUUACAGCAGGUGGUUCCACGGCAAGAAAAUUAUGCACAAGGUAGGGCUGUUGCUCUUCAAAAUGUUGAAUCCACAAUUACAGAGCUUGGUGGCAUCUUUACACAUUUGGCCACAAUGGUGGCACAGCAAGGGGAACUAGCAAUCAGGAUUGAUGAUAACAUGGACGAGUCAUUGGCAAAUGUCGAAGGUGCUCGAAGUGCUCUGUUGAGGCAUCUUAAUCAAAUUUCAUCAAAUAGGUGGCUUUUAAUCAAGAUCUUUGCAGUUAUAAUAUUUUUCCUGAUGGUCUUCAUAUUUUUUGUGGCUUGAAUUGAAUAGCGAACCUCCCAUAGUUUUGAUGGUGCUAGGCAUAGGUGGGCUUUUUGCUGUCCCUCUACUGUUUGUCAAAUAUAGACUCUGUUGUUGACUGUAUUAGCCGUAUUCGUUCUGUAAAUUCAAUUGGUAUUCCCAAUUCUUUUUUUUUUUUUAGUAUUUGGCUGUAACUUGUAAAAUUUCGAAAUGGUAGCUGUAAUAAGAGAAGCAUAUAUGCUCUAUUACAUAUAUGACUUUAUUAAAAACUGAUAAGAUUUGUACAAUGUCUUUUAAAAUAAGGAUAUGGAUCUUGCUCCACUUGUUCAA